AGUAUGAAGAAACAAGAUAGAAAUAAAUAGUUAAGUAAUGUAUACGCAAGACCAUAGACCAGUGAACUUGUAAAAAUGCAUACGUUUGUAAUCAUACUAAUUAGUGCAAUCGGAGUCAGUUAUGCAACGCCUACUUGUCAGGAGUUACAUAAAUCACAGCUGGCUUCACUUACUGAACGUAUGAAUCAGAUGCUAAGCUCGCUUUACACACCAACAACAGCCAAAGCAGAAACGAACACGACGCCGCCCGCUCCAGCCAAUUCACCUGCAGCAGCUGCGGAUCAAACAAGAUUUCCAUACAACGCAUACUAUCCCUAUCCUCCUUAUCCUAUACCAAUACCACAAGUUGUAUACAUGUCCCCAACGCAGUAUCCACAACAACCUGUAACUUUUCUACCACCAGCCCCCGCAGAGCCAAGUGUGAAACCAUUUAAAAGUCCAAUUACUCAAACAUUUGAACUAGCACACCCCGGUUCGAUGGAUGUACCGUCUCCUUGGUCUAAUUAUUAUGACCGUCUCCCUUACACACAGUAUCCUUCACCGCAAUAUCCUUCUGUUCCCUCGCCCUAUCAACCUCUUCCCUAUCCGUCGUCUUAUCUUUAUCCUGAAUAUCCUGUGUAUACAAAAAUGCCCUCGUAUCCUCCUUAUCAACCACCUCCUCCAGCUUACCCUCCCCAACCAAUCCCGUAUCCAUUACCACCACUAUAUCACAAAUCUUCCGAAAUACCUUCACCGCCCUACUAUUUAUGACCAAUUUAAAAUCCAUGUUUUAAAUUAUAGAUUUGUAACGCAUUUUCAUUUAAUGUGAAAGUACUGGUAUUGUAUGUUACUCUAUUUAUAAAUAUUUAAUUAUUUCAUGAAUAAUAAGAAAUAAAUAAGCAAUGUUU